GGGCGGCGGGAGAGGCUGGGCGGAAAGGCCCCGGGGCAGCGCGGAGUGGGAGCCCCGGGGCCACGGCCCCGCAGCGGUUCGGGGUCGCUGGAGCCGGGGCCGGGGUGUGGAGCUCCUGGAAGGGGCUCGCAGAGGCUCUCGGGUGAGAGGCGGCCUGAGCAGCGAGGUCAGGAUCCUGGGGAUGGCAGAGGGCUGGGGAACGUGUCGGGAAUGUUGGUUUGAUGGUUCUCGCCACCUUGCCAGGGGCCAGAAGGGAAGGGGGGCCAGGUGGGGACUCCCCACUGCCUCCCCUGUUGGCGUGUUGUGUUUGCCUUGUGCUGAAGUGUUUCUGCCGUCGCUCUGUCGCUCUUGGAGCUGGUGAUGCCCCUGCCCAUCGAGCCUUGCCGUGUCCCUCAAAGAUCCUUGACCUGUGGUAGUCGUUGUUGUGACACAUGCACACUUCAUUUCUAUGGCAUGACCCUCUUGGUGGCCACAACAUGGGACAGGGCUGCUGGGAAGACUUUGAGGUGUUCUCUGGCAGGAUCUCAGAUCCACACUGGCUGUGACAGCUUCUUGUCUGAGGCAGGGCUUCUCUUGCAGGGUAUUUCAGCAUUCUCCAUGAGGAUGGUGCUCCUGGCCUGUUUGCCCACCCACCGUGCUUUGGCCUUUGGUGGAGCACCAAGGCUGUUGCAUUCACUUGUGCCAGAGCGUUCUUUGGGCACGUUUUUGGGUCAGAGUUCUGCCUCAGCACCCUGCACGGCUGUGGCUCAGAGAGGUCUGUCCAGGGGACAUCCAAAAACUGUCAUUGUCCCUUGGAUGAGGUUGUGGAGCAUCUCUGCACAGGUGUGGUGGGACCCUGGUCUUCCUGAGCAGUGCAGAAGGUGCUCUGUGUGUUAUCUGUUCAUUCUUUGGUUUUUCAGAGACACGACUUGCAGGACAAAUCUGUUUCCAUGCCUGCUGCUUCCCUCUGCUGCAGCUGGGGUUUGUGGAAAAUGGCCCCAUGGCCAAGGAGUGUGCCCAAGGCAGAGGAAGCAGGGAGGUUUCUCACUGAAUCUGAAAUAUGUGCUAGACUGGCUCAGGAAACUGUUUUAGUUAUUGAAGGGUGGCACUGGAAGGGGAAAUUUUGGUUUUUCCUCACUUUUUUGCAAGAGUGAUUUCAGUCUGGAAGGUUUUCUCAGGGUAGACACAAUUGGCCUCAAGCUGGGGGACAACUUUGUCAGGGCAGAGAGCUCAGACUUUGCCUGUGUGUCCCAAAUGAUGGCUGAGCUUCAUUCCAUGAGCUCAGAGCCUUGAGUCCACACCUAAGGAGUGCAGGAGUCACCCAGAAAUACAAACAUGAGAGUCAGUAGUUGACCAACCUCAAUGUAACUUCUGAAAGUUACUCCUAUGCCCGAGCAGCAGAAACUGACAGGAGGAAAGCAGUGCUGGGGAUGGUAAAGUGAAAUUAAAGGAAUUUAAUCUCCUUUUUUUCCCCCCAAGAUUAAAUGCCACAUGGGCAUAGGAGCAAAUUUCCAGGAUCACAGUACACUGGGAGAAUAACUGGAGAAUAACUCACAGAAUCCCUCAGCAGUGGCACCCUGGCCCAGAACUGUUUUCUGAUUCUGGCCUCAGUUGGCCGCCAGAGCCCCAGGGUGGUUCCAUACCCAGCCCGUGGCCUAUGUCCUGGAGAGCCCGCCCUUCAGAGUGCUGCAGUUGUGUCAAUGGGCUCAGCUGAUCAUCGACUGAACCUGGCAGAGAUCCUUUCCCAGAACUAUGGUGUGAGGGAAGAAAGGGAGGAAGAUGAUACUCAGGAGAAGCAGAAAUCUCUAGAAGAACUGGAGAAGAGUUUCAGUGCCUCUCAGAGCAGUGAAAUGCCAUUUGAGGAGCUGCUGGCACUGUAUGGCUAUGAGGCAUCAGAUCCCAUCUCGGAGCAGGACAGCGAGAGCAAUGACAUCACCCCCAACCUCCCCGACAUGACUCUGGACAAGGAACAAAUAGCGAAGGAUUUGCUUUCAGGGGAAGAAGAGGAGGAGACCCAGUCUUCAGCUGACGAUCUGACUCCGUCCGUCACGUCCCACGAUGCAUCGGACUUAUUCCCAAACCAGCCUGGCUCAAACAACUUCCUUGCUGAUGAAGACAAAGAGCCAUGUUCAUCACCAUGUGCUUCCUCCAUGGCUGAGGACUCAGAGGUGGAUUCCAUCCCAUCCAAUGAGUGUAAGAAGGAGAUCAUGGUUGGACCUCAGUACCAGGCCACUGUUCCCAUCCUCCGUUUAAACAGGCACAGGCAAAAAGUGCUUUUUCUGUUAGCCUAUGAGAAUGAAGAUCAGCUGCUUUGGGACCCCAACAUCCUCCCUGAGAGGGAGGUGGAAGAGUUCCUGUACCGCGCCGUGAAGCGCCAGUGGGACGAGCUGUCCAGCAGCAGCCUGCCAGAGGGAGAGGUGGUCAAGGACAACGAGCAGGCUUUGUAUGAGCUGGUGAAAUGCAACUUCAAUGCAGAAGAGGCACUGCGGAGGUUACGGUUCAACGUGAAGGUUAUCAGAGAUGAGCUUUGUGCCUGGAGCGAGGAAGAAUGUAGAAAUUUUGAACAUGGCUUUAGGGUCCAUGGGAAAAACUUUCACCUUAUCCAAGCCAACAAGGUCCGCACGCGGUCGGUGGGCGAGUGCGUGGAGUAUUACUACAUGUGGAAAAAAUCAGAGCGUUAUGACUACUUCACUCAGCAGACUCGUCUAGGAAGGAAGAAGUACGUCCUCCACCCUGGAGCCACGUGCGUGGAAUAUUCUCACACUAAAAUUAGUAAUAUUAACCUCCCAGUGAAGAUUCCUGCUGCAAAGCACCUCCGCUUAACAGACUGCGCUUUCUUCUCCAGAAGGGAUUUCACUGACAAUGACCUGGAUGGGGUUGAAGUGGAAAACACGAAUCGUUCUCGGAGCUCCCCACCAAUUCCCUCUGCAGCUGGCUGCCUGGAUGCUCACUUUGGUCAAGAUCAGAUAGCAAUUGAGAGCACAGAGCCCCUGAGUGUGGAGAGCACAGCCUGCAGCCUGGGCAGCAUCAGCGAGUCGGGGCAGGGCUACGAGUGCAGCACCCCCUCGGAGACAAACUGCUCCUUCGACCCCUCGGAGGAGACGCCCGCGGGCGCUGUGCCCGUGCCCUGCCCUCGCCACACUGCCACCCCCUCUGAGCCCGAGCUCUUCGCCCUGCCUCCCGCGGGACCAGGGCUGCCAGAGAAGCAGGAGACGUUGCAGAACUCUGGUGAGACAAUAACCAUGGACCUCGCUCUCCCUGCAGACAUUAACGAGGGGCUGCCCUUAAUUGCUGGCCCUGUGGAUUUGGACAGAGAGCCCGAGGCCGUGGUGGCCCCCGCGCAAGUGUCCUUAUCGGUCACAGAUUUCGGUCUCAUUGGCAUCGGAGAUGUAAAUACUUUCCUGACUGCUCAUCAGGCUUGCCCAGCACCUGUGGCUCGGUCAGAGCCUCUGUCACAGUGAAAGUCUCCAGUCACAAAUUUGUCACAGACCCAGCAAGGACUUUGACCUGACUGAGUGAAAUUCUGGAACUUCCGCUGUCCUGUAGGGACAGUUUGGAGCUGUUGGUCGGAAUCCGUCUUUCCAUCCUCCUUGAUCCAAGGCUACAGUGAAACCAAACACCUUUCUGCUCCGGUGUAUCCUGACACAGUUGUGCAAAGUGGUGGCUGGCUUUCCUGGGUGGGGAGGUCCCUCACCCCCCUCCUGGCUGACCAUGUGUCACCCCGGGUGAUGCCAGUCCGCUCAGAGAGUCCCUGCCUCGGCACAGGGGACGUGUCCCUUGGCCCCAGCAGGACAGUCUGAGGGCAGAGGUGCUUUGAGAAGAGGGAUGUGUCACCAUCAUGGUGAGGGUGCAGGCUGGGGGUCUGAGAGCCCGGGAGGGCUGCAGGGCAGUUCCCUGCAGAGACGGGCACGGCGAUGCCAAGGGAGGCUGACCCUUCCUCCACGGGCAGCGUGCUGCAGUGGGAGCCACUCACCCUGUCCUCCUCCCAGCAGCCAUGGGUCAUGACAGGCAGGCACACAGCUGCUCGUGGGAUGGAAGCACUGCUGUGAGCAGUGAGUAAGGGGGUCAUGCUGCUGACAAGUGCUUUGGAUAUGCUGGAGUGGGGGAAAGUAAUCUGGGACAUCUCCUGUCACCUGUGCACAGCCCCUGGGACCACAGCAGGCUCAGGGAAGGGUGUCCUGGCUGGCAGGGUCACCUUGAGUCCUGCCUGGGACACUAUCCCAGGCUUCAGAGAGGAAUGGGACAAGCUGGCCCUUAAGGACCAUGUCAUGGGACAGUAGUUGGGCUCUCAUGCCAGGAGCACUGGCAGCAGCCACGUGUUCCUUUCUCUCCAGCAGCUCAAGGUGGGAUGUGGCCCUUGGGCAGAAGUGUCAGGUUUUGGAAAGGGAUGCUGUGUGUGCAGCAGCAUGGUGUGCACUUGAGUCCUUCUCACUUCCCCUGCAGUGCUGGGCCAGGGAGAAUUUCUGUGGGGAGUAACAGGAGGUUCUAGACUCAGAGUGAUGCUGGCCAAGAGCUUGGUGCUGCUGCUGGCAGGGGAUGACCUCAUCUUCUCUGGGCUGAAGUGCCAGAGGGAUAAUGCAGGUGAAAGCAUCUGUAACUUCCCAGUUUGUUCCAACAGUUUGUCAGCAGAGGGAGGAGGUUGCUUAGCUCCCAGGGUGCCUGGGAUAUGGGUGCUAGCACAGUGCCAGGCAGGGGAGCGCAGCAUCCCUGGGCUUCCCUGCCCUCCCUGUGUCACAAAACAGGCUGAGAGGAAGGUGUGUCGUUUCUGCCAUGUUCAGGAAGGUGCCAGGUGCUGUGCAGAGCCACAGGAGCCUGUCCUUGGCUGUGCUGGAGUCCAAAGCUGCUUCUCUUCCCAGGUGUGUGGCAGGUGUGGGGUUGGCCACUGGCUCAGUGUGUUCUCAUUCCCCUUUCCCAUGCAGGGAGUGCUCUCCCCUCACCUGCUGGGCAAGGCUCUGCUGCAGACAGAGCUGUGUUUCCUCCAGCUGUGUUCUGCAGCUGGGAAGGGGCUGGGGUUGAGGGUUUUGUAGGGUAGGGUCCUUGGGGCUGUGAUGUGCACUUGGCAGGUACCUAAAGCCAGCAGCCUGCAUCCUCCCUUUACCUGGCUCUGGGAAGUUGUGCCCAGCCCUGCAGCAGGAGCACAGAGACAGCAUCAAACAGCCCCGUGGGGUGUCAGGAUUAGACCUUGUCUCAUCUCCUAAGCCCCAGGUCUGGUCUGUGUGCUUUAGCAGGGGUUUGCUUCGGCCCCCAGCUCUGUGCUGGGAGUGCUGAGCCCCAGGCAGGUGCAGCUGCUCCUGGCUGCUGGGAACAGAGAGCAAACACGAGUGCCUGCUCCGUAGUGGAACUGCCCAGGCUGAGAUUCCCCUUUUGUGGGGUGAGAGGAAGCUCCUUGGCUGAAGGGAGAGGAGGAGGCAGGGUGAGAGCACAGGCAGCCCUCCCAGGGAGGGCCAGGCCUUGGCAUCUCCUCCAUCGGCUGAGAACAUUCUUAUUUUCCUGAAACCAUUUUUUCUUUUGGUUUAUUUCAAGCCCUAGUGAAAGGAGAGGGGAGCUGGCUGAGGCAGAAAUCUCUUUAUGUCCUUCAGUGUUGUUUACAGAUUUGCAUGGGGUCUUUCAACAUGAGUGCAGCGCUUUUUCCACAUAACUUUGAGGGAGAGGAGUGAGAAAGGCUGGGACAGGGAGGGGGAGUCACUGGGGGAGGAGGUUUGGUUCUGGUUUUUUGGGUUUUUUUUGUUGUUGGGGUUUUCUUUUUCCUUCUUACAAAGCACAUUCACUUUGAGCCGCUCCCCAUGCUGGACUCUUUCCUCCCUUGCCCCCCAGCCCUACACUGUGAAGUGACACUGCCUUGAAGACCCCUCACCGUUAUUUAUUUAAUUAAAACCUAAUUUGAAAGUGA